AUGAGCGGCGAGAGCUCCGAGACGAAAGAAACCGAUUGCGUCGCUGGUCCCGCGUCCUCCGCGGGUGGCGCCUCGCAAGAUCUAGGCUCGUCUUCCGCCGCCGCGACCGCCGCGACCGCUGCGACCGUUAACAACAGGCGGCAAGCGAAGGGGACCGCCGCCGCAGCCGCUUCUACCACCCCCCCCGAGCGUUCUCCCCCUUCCGCCUCAGCGGCGGAUGCGCCGCACGCUGCGCGAGGCAGCCAUCCGGAUCAGCAGCAGCUCGUGACUCUCUUCCAAGCGCUCACGCCGGGUGCGGAAGCUCCGCGCGGUGAGCUCGGCGGAGGAGCGGCAGUCGCGCGGGUGACGACGACGGCGGCGGCGGCGGCGCAGCAGGGUUCAGCCACGGACGCUAGAAAUAUCUCCGUUCCCCCGCCGCAGCCGCACUCUGGUCGAAAGAACGCGGGUGGCGCGGAUCGGAGCGGGGCUAGCGGAGCGAAAACGGCUGCAGCGGCGGGUAGCACGGCGGGCGGCGUGGGUUCCGCGGGCUCGGGUGGGUCUGGCUUGGGAGGAAGUACCGCCUCGGAUGCGGUCGCGCGAAGGCGUCAGGGUGAAGCGGGUUCGGCGCUGGCGGAAAGACGCGCGCCAGCGGAGGUCCCAGCGGAAGCACCCGCAGCGACCGUUAUUGGCGCGAUCGUGCCCACAGAAGGUGCUCUGCCCAAGGGAAAUAUCGCGUCGGGAACGUCAGGCGGAGCACGCAACUCACCAGGGGCGUGGUGGAGAUCAUCCUCCACCUCUGGUGCCCCAUCCCCUAAGUUCUCAACGCAGCAGCAGCAGCAGCAGCAGCAGCAGCAGCAGCAGCAGCAGCAGCAGCAACAGCAGCAGGUGCAGAUGCAGCAGCAAGCGCAGCAGUUGCUACCCCGGACCCGCUCUCCUCCCGCCCUUCUUCCCCCCCUUCCACCCCCACACCCCCACCCCCCACCCUCCCUUCCCGCCCCUCCUCCCCACCCACCCCCUUCUUCUACCCUCUUCAUUCCCCCUACCUCCCUCCGACGCCCUCUUUUGCCUUCUUCUCCACCAUUUCUUCUUUCUGAAUGCGCCCCAUCUUUUCAUCCAGAAUGGAUAUUUAUCUGCCCGGUUUCCACCAUCGUCGCAAUCACCACCACCAUCAUCCUCACGGCCGUCAUCCCCAGCACGACAACACCACUGCCUCUCGGUGAUAAGUGGCUGUACGCUCCCCUUGCUGCCAGAUGUGCUGCUGAAGGGGCAAUUGCCGUUGUUAUUCAAUACACCCUUUACCCCAAGCUACUGGCAGAGGGGCAGCAGGAGGAGGCGAGUGCGGCGCUCUCAUGGGUGCUUGACAACAUUUAUGCCUAUGGUGGCGACCCCACACGCGUCUUGCUGUGCGGCCACUCCUCCGGUUCGCCUCUUGUGCUUUCCUUCAUCUGUAGAACUGUGUCUUGUCGCGCGCUCUCAUGGGUGUGUGAUAACAUCCAUGCCUAUGGCGGCGACGACCCCACGCCUGUCUUUCUGUGCGGCCACUCCUCUGGUGCGCCCGUUAACCCCUUCUUGACUCCCAGUCGUCCGUCGAGACUCCCAUUAACCCCUUCUGACGCCCAUUAA